AUGGCGACCUUAGCAGACGAACUGCUGAAUGACUUCGAGGAUUCCGGCGACGAAAACAAUGACCAGGCAAAUGGUUUUCAGGACGCAGACGAGGCAAACGAUACAAAUGGCCUGGGAUUUGCGACCGAUCACAUAGAGCGAGGUGACGACGAAGGACUGGACGAUGCCGAGGAAGAGCUCGCUGCUCAGCAGGCUGCCGCCACAGCCACCGACGCCGACGACGAUGAAGAAGAUACUAAGGCGAAGGUUGAAAAGAUGCGACUGGGAGGCGUGCGCGAUGUCAGAAGCGUCGCCGGUCUGAUGAAGACUCUAGAACCAGUCCUCGAGAAAAUAGCACAUUAUCAGAACAUUCCGCCCGACCAACGGACGACCGCGGUUGGCUCAGUCGAAGAUAACCCCGAAUACGCCCUCUUGACUCAGGCAAAUUCCCUAUCCACGCAGAUCGACAGCGAAAUCAUCCUGGUCCACAAGUUCAUUCGCGAUCAUUACUCUGCGCGUUUCCCAGAGUUGGAGACCCUUGUGGCCAAUCCAAUAGAUUAUGCCAAAACAGUCGCGAUCAUCAGGAACGGGCCUGUGGACAACAUCAAAAGUCUAGCCGACUCCAGUGACAAUAUUGUCGGGGCUCCUCUGAGGUCUAUCUUGGACGGGCCAACGUUGAUGGUUGUCACAGUGGAAGGAACAACAACAAAAGGUCAAGAUCUCAGCGAACAAGAACUUGAAACAACUCUCCGGGCUUGCGAAAUGGUUCUGCAGCUGGACAAAGCCAAGAAGAUCUUGACUGAAUACGUCCAGUCAAGAAUGAAUGUCUUCGCACCGAACCUCACCGUCCUUAUUGGUUCGCUGACCGCAGCCCAACUGCUCAACUUUGCUGGUGGGCUCAAGAAUCUCGCAAAGACACCCGAUCGCAAUGUACCUGCAAUGGGCUCAAAGAGGCAGAGGCAGAGUGGCUUAGCCACCAAUGUGGGAGUCCGACAGCAAGGGUACCUCUACCAUUCACCACUCAUACAAGAAAUUCCCAAUGAUCUAAGGGUACAGGCGAUGCGUAUCGUAUCAGGGAAGCUCAUCCUUGCUGCUCGAGUGGACAGUGUUCAUCAAGCGCGCGACGGCUCAACAGGCGAGCACCUACUCAACGAGUGUCUGCGGCGGCUCGACAAGUUGACCGAGCCUCCACCAAACAGAGGUGUCAGAGCUCUGCCCGCCCCCGAUGACAAACCUAGCAGAAAGCGUGGAGGAAGAAGAGCCCGCAAGGCAAAGGAAGCGUAUGCCAUGACCGAACUCAGAAAGCAACAGAACCGUAUGGCGUUCGGUAAGGAAGAAAGAGAAAUCGGUUACGGGACGGGAGAGGAGACAGUGGGACUAGGGAUGAUUGGCGCUCAAAAUGAGGGCAGAAUACGAGCCACACAGGUCGAUCGUCGAACCAUGGCGAAGUUAAGCAAGAAGAACCCCGGCUGGGGUGUCUCUGGUACGGCAACAAGUUUGAACAACGGCACAACUACGUCCAUGCGAUUCGGGGCUCCUGGCGGCGGAGGAAAUGUCACUUCACUCCGGGCUCAAGGUCUUCGGUCCAGUGGUGUUGGUGCCGGAACCGCCAGUUCAAUCGCAUUCACUCCCGUCCAGGGUCUUGAGUUGGUCGAUCCAAAGGUGCAGGCCGAGUUGAAGAGGAAGCGCGAAGCUGAAAGUGCGGGCUACUUUUCAAGUGGCACAUUUACUCAAGUCAGUGGCACAGCGACAAACGGAGGGUUCAAGGUGCCUGGACUGCCUUCAACCAAGAAGACCAAUAUGGGCCCUCCCCCUGCCCCUGGUAAAUGA